AAUGAGUUGCCAAAAUGAAAACAGAUGGAACGGAGUUGUCUGCUGUGGAUUAAUAUGGAUUAAAAAAAAAAAAAAGUGUGUGUGUUGGUUCUAAUGUGUCUGCCUCUGCUCUUGUCCCUCAUAAAGUGACGAGGAGGAGGAGCAGAAACCACAAAUUUACACCCGACGAGGCUUCAUCAGGUGAGAAAUGAAAUGACGGCGUUCCUACGUCAAGUGCGUUCCCCUCCGACCUCCUUCGUCCAGACGGUGGCGUCCCUCUGCCUGGCCGCCAUGGCGCUGCUGUCCUCCUACUGGUGUGUGGGCAGGCAGAAGGUGCCCAAGCCGCUGUGUUCGCCCGUCAAGCACAGCAAAUGCAUCCCCGUCCCCGGCGUGUCCAACUCCUCCAGCAUCCAGUUCUCCUGGGAGACCGGAGACGACCGCUUCGUCUUCCCCACCUUCCACACGGGCCUCUUCCUCAUCUGCGAGGAGAACAUCUACACAGACGCUUGGGAGGAGAAAUGUCGGGGGUUCCACACGCUGACUCCAGGAUCAGAAAAAGUAAUGAUGUGGCUGUCGCUGUCCUUGGAGCUGAUGUACGUGGGCCUGCUGCUGGUCAGCUGCACCCUGCUGUCCGUGCAGUUGUGCAUCAGAGCCUGGUGGCCCUCCACGCAGCGCUGGGGCCAGCUGCUCAACGCCUUCGCUGCCGUCUUCACCGUCCUGGGAGGUCUGCUCGGAAUGGUGGGUCACAUGAUGUUCAUGCAGGUGUUCCAGACCACAGUCUCCAUGGGCCCAGAGGACUUUAAGCCACACAGUUAUGGCUACUCCUGGGCCUUUUAUGUGGCCUGGUUGGCCUUCACUGUCUGCAUGUCGGCCGGCGUCUCCACCCUGAACGACUACACCAAGAAGGUGCUGAUGGUGGGGCCCAGGCUUAACUCCGGCCUGAACCCCUUUAACUUCCACUUCAUGGGACUUCUUCCACCGGCUCCUUGUUACACCGCCCCAUACUCUGGCAUCCACCAGUCCCAAUACCAGAUCUCCCACUUGUCCCCGUACUACGCACCCCCAUCCACCAAGAUACCGCCGCCUGCCAAGACCUCACACUCCAGCCCUGUACGCCACUCUGUGUCCUUCCCUCCUCCGUCCUCCCACCCUGUGUCCGCCUCUCCUUUACAUCGGUUGUCUCUCCGAUCUUCGUCCCACUCAACCAGCUCGCCUGUUGUUGUCCACGGACUCCUGGCGGCCCCCCUUUAUACACCAGAGCAGGACUGCAGCCCUCUUUAACCUUUUUAACUCCAGCUCUUCUUGGUACGGUUUGUUUUGUCAAGUGUGAACGUUGUUGUACAACUCCGGGGUUGGAACGCUGUCCAACCUUGGCUAUUUGUUGGUAUUCAAAGGAAAUUAAUUCUCUGUUGUUUUCCUAAUCCCAUUAAAACUGAUUGGUCUUGGCUUUAUUUUUAUUGGAAGUCAAUGCGCAUAUCUUUUUAUUUUAUAAGUGGAGGAGUUCAAGUACCUCGGAGUCUUGUUCACGAGUGAGGGAAGAGUGGAUCGUGAGAUCGACAGGCGGAUCGGUGCGGCGUCUUCAGUAAUGCGGACGCUGUAUCGAUCCGUUGUGGUGAAGAAGGAGCUAAGCCGGAAGGCAAAGCUCUCAAUUUACCGGUCGAUCUACGUUCCCAUCCUCACCUAUGGUCAUGAGCUUUGGGUUAUGACCGAAAGGACAAGAUCACGGGUACAAGCGGCCGAAAUGAG